AUGAACAUUUGGUUAUUUAUAAUUACCGUAUCCUCAUUAAAUUUGCCAGAAAGUUGUUAUCAAGGCGACGAGUUAGAUGCCAAAAUCGAACUAAUAACAGGUUUAGUAAUUGAAAUUAAUUUAUUACAAGUUCUAAAUGCGAAACAGGAAGUAGGCGAGGUUGAAUAUAAGAAAACAAUUUUACAAUUAAUCCAAUCAAUAUCAGCAGAAAAUUGCUGUUGCAUUGAUGCUUGUGAAUAUAAUUAUUUUGUUAAUGACGUAAUCAAAAAACAUAGCAGUCUUCUUGAUAAAAUUUUUUAUUAA